GGGUGCGUCAUACGUCAUGACGCAGUAUCAGCUGUUGACGCCGUAGUGAAGCUCCAUUCAAUCUCGACCUCCGUGUACUCGCACACCGACUCUCUGCUGUCAUUGUAACCGUGUUUAUACAGUCUAUGGUUUAAACUCACAUACUGUUUGUCGAAGCCGGUAACGGAGCAUAUGCUGCCAUGAGUGCUUUGUGUCGCCUUAUCCAGAGAGGACUGCUGAGCGGGCGGCCGUCGUGUCGUUUAUUCGCCGGACAGCAGGAUGUGUGCGGGGUGGCUCCCCCGGUCCGGACAGCCAGCUCAUCCAGCCCGGUCAACUUGACCUAUGAUGUCUUCGAUGGGAAGGGAGAGAGCACUCCCCUGGUGUUUCUCCACGGCCUUUUUGGCAGCAAAUCUAACUUCCACUCAAUAGCGAAGUCCUUGGUGCAACGCACAGGCCGAAAGGUGCUGACUGUAGAUGCCCGUAACCAUGGAAACAGCCCUCACAGCUCAGUGCUGACCUAUGAGUCGAUGACCGAUGAUUUGACACACCUCCUCGCCAAGCUGCACAUCGAGAAGUGCGUCCUCAUCGGCCACAGCAUGGGAGGGAAAACGGCCAUGACGACUGCCCUGACGCAGUCUGGUUUAGUGGAGAGGCUUGUGGUAGUGGACAUCAGUCCAGCCCAGACCACCACACGCACCAACUUCCGCUAUUACAUCCAGGCCAUGCAGGAAGUGAAGAUCUCCAGUGACAUCCCGCGGUCCACUGCCAGGAGGAUGGCUGAGGAUCAGCUGCGCAGUUUAGUCAAGGAGCGCUCAGUGCGUCAGUUCCUGCUGACUAACCUGGUGGAGCACAAUGGCCACUAUGAGUGGAGGGUCAACCUGAGUGCCAUCUCGGCGCACCUUGAAGACAUCAUGAGCUUCCCCAGCUUCGACACCGUCUAUGACGGACCUACAAUGUUUUUGGGUGGCGCCAGCUCUGCCUAUAUCAGCUCCGACGAUUACCCAGAGAUCGAGAGGCUAUUCCCCAACGCUGACAUCCAGUACAUCCCAGAUGCGAGCCACUGGAUCCACGCAGAUAAACCCUUAGAUUUCAUCAGCUCCAUCAUCUCCUUCCUCCAGUCCUAGCUGCCUCCUGCCUCAGAACUUUUUUUAAUGCUCAGCACUCCUGAGCGUGCCCUCACUGAAAAUGACAGUUAGUAUUCAGCAGCUUCAGCAGGAGCAAGUGGAGUUAUAAAUGAUGCUAAUAUUUGCCAACACUGGACCAAACUCACCUUUUUACAACAGUCAGUCCUUUUUUAAAAUAUUAGUGAAGUGUAGCGUAGGUGAACUUUUCUUUAAUUUAGUCUUUCUGCCAGACAAGUAGUGUAACUAGAUUGUCUGGUUUCUAGAUGCGUUUUCAUUGAUUUGUAGGUCAGCAGGUAGACGAUAUGUAACAGGGCUGUUUUGGAGGUGAUGUACUAAUCCAAAGAAACUCUCAUUUGCACAGUGCUUUCUUUAAGUUGAAACGUUUAUGCCAGUAAGAUAGAAAAGUGGCUUUAGGCCAAGUAUAAUCUGGGACUGCUGAAGUGCACCAGCAGUAAGAGGGUUUGAUAUGAAACUUUUGACAGCACUGGAAUGAAACAAAUGGUCUAUCCGAGAAGCUGAGUGAAGAAAGUGCAAAUUAAAAGAUGACUCCAAAGGGAGUUUGGCAUCAUGUCAGGAGGUUCAAGCUCUGCAAAAAGGCUAUAAUGCAGCCUUGGUGUACAGAGCGUUUGUUGUAGAAAGUUAUUUUAAGGUUGAUAAUAGUGAUAUAUUCAAUAUGUAACUUUAUUUCUCACAUCCUCUCCUCUCUGUACCUGCUGUAUGUCAGAGAUGGGGAUUUAGAGUUCAGUGACUUUGUCACAACUAGAGGUCAUCGAGAGUGCUGGUUAUAUUUUUAUUAACAUAAUUAUCUAUGGAAAAACAAGCUGAAACAUUUAAAUGCAGAAUUUUCACAAUCUGUUUCCUGAAUAUCUCAGGUUACGAGUGAAUAUGCUAAUUAUUAAAAACUUAAACUAUUCUCCUGUCUGUCUGGCAAUAAGCCGUAGUAAUGUUGUUGUGUAUUUGGUCAGUGUUUUGAAGAAACAUGUUUUACUGAGUUAUUAUCCGUAUCUCGCUUAUCUUUACGACUAAAGAGCUCUGUGGAUAUCUCACAAAUAUAUGCUGCAGCAAUGUAUGUUGUUGUUUAAAUGUAACAGUGUUAAUAUAAGUUCUGUUUCCAUGGGUUUGAGCAGUACGGUCCAGUAGUGAAACUGCCAUCUGUAUGAAUAAGCAGGGUGUUGUAAAUGUGUACCUCUUUUGUCAAGAGCUCUUUUCCAGUUCUGUAAAACUUGAUGAUAAAAAAAAUAAAAACUUUUAUUCUACACUAACAA